CCCUGAGAGCUGAAGAGAGAGAAUGUAUUUGACGAGUUCCAGGAGAAAUCAGAGCUAGCGAAAUCUGGUAAUGGGGAGAGAACUUGUAGACAAACACAUGAAUAAGAAGGCGAAUAGUUUGACAGCUAGCUCAACCGGAUCUUCGGAUGAUAAUAAAGUCCGAAAUCCGUCAACUAUAGAAGUUGCGGAGGUGAAAGAAUGCACCGAGCAGAACUUGGUUCCGGAUGAUGCUCGUAUGAGGCAACUAGAGAUAAUUGAUACACCUGGAUCCCAUAAAAUUGCUGAUAACGAGAAGAAACUUAACUCAUCUUCAGUUAAAACUCGUGUUACUGCGAAAACAACUGUUCCAAAGCCGUUUUCUCUGUCGGCUGAAAAGCCUAGAAGAGCAGUAGUUGAUAAUAAUUCAUUAGGAAAUGGUGCUAGCCAUUAUUCUUCUUCAGCAUCCAGAGUUUCACAGCUAAAUUCUCCUCUACCAGCUAGGAGGACACCAGAUCACAAGAAACAUCAUGAUGAAGAAGAUAGUUUUUCCGUUGCUUCCUCAUCGGCUACAUCCAUAAGAAGUUUUAAACCCAAGAUAACGGUUGGAGUUGCUCCAACAUUUAGUAGCACAGCGCGGCUGGAGAGGCGGAGAGAGUUUUACGAGAAAUUAGAGGAGAAACAGAAAGCACUUGAGGCAGAGAAAAGAGAAAACGAGAAAAGGCUCAAGGAAGAGCAAGAAGCAGUCACUAAGCAACUCAGGAGGAACAUGGCUUACAAAGCUAAUCCGGUACCAAGUUUCUACCAAGAGGGUCCUCCACCGAAACAACCGUUGAAAAAGUUUCCACUGACUCGGCCUAAGUCACCAAACCUUAACCGUAGAAAGAGCUGCAGUGACACGGUUAACGCAUCAUAUCAAGAGGUGAAGGGGAAGCAUUGUGCUCGACAUCGUCACAGUGUAGGUGGUUGCAAGGAAGAACCAAAAACGAACAGUGUCCCAAGGACACCAAGUAGCAGCAGCAAAGAUCAUAUGAGAAAGUUCACAAAGGAAACACCAAAAUCUGAAGAAGUGCAUGGAAAGUUUGUGGGAAAAAACAAGAGUGGUCAUGAUGGAGAGACAGAUGAGAAUGGUGUUGGUGUUGUGGAGUGAAGUGGCGAGUAGUUGUAGUUUCGUUUUGACUAACUUUGGUGAAUGAGAAAACAAGAAAAAUGGUGAGAAGCAACUGCAAGGAGAAGAACAUGUUUUAGAGUGAAAGAACAAGUUUGAAGUUCCAGGUUUUUGUUUGUUUGUUUGUUGUCUAAUGUUCUGCAGAUUAAUUCUUCUAAAUUUGAUUGCUAAAUCAGCUGCUCUAUUUUCGUUUGAUCUUUAUCUGUUUGAGAAUUAAUGUGAAAUGUAUAUUAAAGUUGUUGUGUGGAA